CCUCUGCUCCGUGGUUCUCUCCUUGCGCAGUUGCGCACCCGCUUUUGCUUUUGUAGACUGUAUCAUCGACCUUGGCUUAGCUCCGGGCAGCAGGUGAUGAUGUCGGUGAGCCUCGCGAGGGCGUCGCUGCCGGCCUGGUGCACGGCGGCCGCGGCCGCGGGGAGCAGCGGCCUGCGCUCUCGCCUGCGCGGCACGGCGUGCUCCGGUCGGCGCGUGGGCGUCCGGUGCAGCUCCACCACGCCGCCGGGGUUUCCUCCGGGGCCGACGCCGCCGGGGUUCCCCGCGGUGCCGUCGCCCGAGGAGGUGCCGGCCACGGCCCAGCCGCCCGAGGAGAUGCCGGGCACGGCGCGGCCGCCGCAGGAGAUGCCAGGCAUCGACAUGCCGCCGGAGUUCAACGCGCCCCCGGGCGUGGACGUGCCGAUGCCUGGCGCGCCGGUGCCGGGCACGCCUCCCAGCCCAGAGCAGCCGGGGCCGUUCGUGCCAUCGCCGCCGAGGCCGGAGAUCCCGGCCGUGCCGCCGAACCCCGACGUGAUCCCGACGCCGCCGCCGGAGGUGGACCCACCGCGCACCCCGCCCGAGGUGGUGCCUCCGCAGCCGUCCGACGUCCCGCCUCCCUUCGUGUGAGUAAGCGCGCGCAGGGCCGCCGGCCACGACGGUGACCGAGAUCCGCUGUAAAAUAGCGUAGUAGUACUACUAUGUGUACCUUCCAGCUGCUUCAAAUAAAGAGGAUCGGCCGCGGCUCCCUGUUCCGGUGUAAAAUUUUGCCACCCAUGAUAAGCACGAAUUUUGUCACCUCUGGGUUCUACCCCUCCGUUCCUAAAUAUAAGUCUUUGGAAAGAUUUCACUAUGAACCACA